UAUAGCCGAUGAAGCCUGUGGUGCCAUCUAGCGGAAUUCCAUCAAAACCCCACUGAAUUUAGAAGACCGCAGCCCUUUUCAGGAAAGCGUGGUGUUUAUUUCGCUAAAUUUUGCAGUUUUUGCGUUGAAUUCACCCGUAACAUCAAAUAAACACAAUGGUGUCACUCAACCCAGUAAGAAUUCUCAAAAAUGAGGCCGAGGAAGAAAGGGCUGAAAGUGCCCGCCUCUCGAGUUUUGUCGGAGCCAUUGCCAUCGGCGACCUGGUCAAAAGUACCCUGGGACCAAAGGGCAUGGACAAGAUUUUGGUUGCGCACGGUCGAAGUGCAGGACAAGUGGAGAUUACUAACGACGGAGCAACAAUUUUGAAGGCUGUUGGCGUUGAUAAUCCAGCUGCCAAAGUCCUGGUCGACAUGUCCAGAGUGCAGGACGACGAAGUUGGGGAUGGAACUACUUCGGUCACCGUUCUUGCUGCCGAACUUUUGAGGGAGGCUGAAAAACUCAUUGAGCAAAAAAUUCACCCACAAAUCAUAAUUGCGGGCUGGCGUAGAGCAACUCAAGUUGCACGAUCUGCCCUUGAAAAGGCUUCCAUUGACCACAGUGGUGAUGCGGAGCUUUUCCGUGAAGACUUGAUGAACAUUGCCAGAACAACCUUGAGCUCGAAAAUUCUGUCUCAAAAUAAGGAAUACUUUGCCAAGUUGGCCGUCGAUGCUGUUGUACGUUUGAAGGGCUCUGGGGAUCUCACUGCCAUCCAGAUCAUUAAGAAACUGGGCGGCUGCAUGGAGGACUCUUUCCUGGAUGAUGGAUUUUUGCUGGACAAGAAGCCAGGUCUUCAUCAGCCAAAGCGCAUUGAGAAGGCACGCAUUCUGAUCGCCAACACUCCAAUGGACACUGACAAGAUCAAAGUUUUUGGAUCUCGAGUUCGCGUCGAUGCUGUCUCCAAGAUUGCAGAAUUGGAGAUGGCCGAGAAGGAGAAGAUGAAGGACAAGGUCAAUAAAAUCCUCAACCACAACAUCAAUGUCUUUAUCAACAGACAACUCAUCUACAACUACCCAGAGCAGCUUUUUGCUGAUGCCAACAUUAUGGCCAUCGAGCACGCCGACUUUGCUGGAAUUGAGCGUCUUGCUCUUGUGACUGGAGGUGAAAUUGUGUCAACCUUUGAUCAUCCCGAGCUUGUCAAGUUGGGUCACUGCGAUGUCAUUGAGGAGGUCAUGAUUGGAGAAGACACCUUGCUGCGCUUCGGUGGAGUGCCUUUGGGCGAGGCUUGCACUGUUGUGAUCAGAGGAGCCACCCAGCAGAUUUUGGACGAAGCUGAGCGAUCUCUGCAUGACGCCCUUUGUGUCUUGGCCGCCACUGUGCGAGAAACCAGAACCGUUUAUGGUGGAGGCUGCAGUGAGAUGCUGAUGGCCAACGCAAUCAACGACGAGGCAACUCGUACCCCUGGCAAGGAGGCUGUGGCCAUGGAAGCCUUUUCUAGGGCCCUUCGCCAGCUGCCCACCGCGAUUGCCGACAAUGCUGGCUACGAUUCUGCACAGUUGGUCAGUGAGUUGAGGGCUGCACACAGCCAGGGAGAGAACACCAUGGGCCUAAAUAUGGAUGAAGGCGAAAUUGGAUGCAUGAAGAAACUGGGAAUCACAGAAUCAUUUGUUGUAAAAAGGCAGGUUCUUCUCUCGGCAGCUGAAGCUGCCGAAAUGAUUCUCCGCGUGGACAACAUCAUCAAGGCAGCACCCAGGAGACGUGCACCUGACAACAGGCCUUGCUAGUGACAUGUAAUGUACGCAUGCAGCGUUUAAUUUUGAUUCCUUAAUUUUCAAUAAGUUUCAACAAUUGCACAUUAACAACCAGAAGUAUUCCAUAAUUUAAUUUCCCACGAUUAUGUUGUGAUUCAUGAUAUGAUCAUUUUUUUCCAAAUCAUUGGUGCACGCCUAUAAAAUUAUACUGAAAUUUUGUUGCAAGGCCACAUUUUGUGGAUGCUACUGGAAUAACACAAAGUUCUCAUAUUCUGUUCAGCUAAUAAAUUAUUUACUAGCUUCUAAUCGGCACAUUUAUUUAAUUUUUUUCCAAGACUACUGGUGGAUUCUCCCUAGGUUUAAUCUUUAGCAUAAAACCUCCAAUUGGAGAAUUUUCAAUUUUGGUUUUGUCCAGUCGAAUAGGAUACUGGUCAGGCGUGUUGAGAUCUAUCUCGCAGAACGCUAAAGUGUAGGCCAAUGCAAUUUUUACUUCCAAAAGGGCAAAGCGAUUUCCUAAAGUAAAAGAUAAUUAAUAAUUAAGUUUUCACCUAUUAAAUUCAUAAUAUACCAAUGCAACCCCGAGGUCCAGAUCCAAAAGGCAUGAAUGUAAAUGGCUUAAUUUUGUGUUUGUUCUCUUCACUGAACCUCUCUGGUUUGAACUCAUCUGGGUCUGGAAAGUGUUCAGGGUCCCUUGAGAAAGCGUAGAAUGGGAUUCCAACAAUAUCUCCUUCCUUAAAGUUGAUCCCAUAUUCAGGCAAAUCCAAAUCCUUGUUGCAAAUCCGAUCACCAAAAGGUGUGACAGGGAUUAAGCGUUGCACCUCUG